AUUCGUCUCGGACUGCGCUAGGCAAGGUAGCACAGCAGCAUUCCCAUUCGGCCAUUCCACGCCUUCCACGCUUCCCCGAAUCCUCAGCUACCACCAUUCCGUUCCAUUCCAUUGGCUCCCCACUCCAAGACCACCCCUCCAUUUGCUCUGCUGCUCUUAUCCAAUCAGCGCUCCUCCAUUGACCCACCGCGAGCGCCAAAUCGCCAAUGGCGGCCGCCGCGGCCGCGGCCCUGGCCGCCGUACUGGCGCUGUCCUGCUGUAACGUCGCGUCGGCCACGGCGGAGGCGGAGGCGGACCGCAUCGCGAGCCUGCCGGGGCAGCCGCCGGUCAACUUCUCCAUGUACUCCGGGUACGUCACCGUCGACGCGGCCGCGGGGCGGGCGCUCUUCUACUGGCUCAUCGAGGCGGCCGGCGUGCCCCCGGAGUCCGCGCCGCUCGUGCUCUGGCUCAACGGCGGGCCCGGGUGCUCCUCCGUCGGCUACGGCGCAUCGGAGGAGCUUGGCGCCUUCCGGAUCAACGCCGACAGCAGGUCGCUCUCCAGGAACCCCUACCCCUGGAACAAAGUGGCGAACAUGCUGUUCUUGGACUCGCCGGCCGGCGUCGGCUACUCCUACUCCAACACCACCACCGAUCUGUACACUGCCGGUGACAACAAGACAGCCCAUGACUCGUACACUUUCUUGGUGAAUUGGUUGGAGCGGUUUCCACAAUACAAGCAACGCGAUUUCUACAUCACAGGAGAGAGCUACGGAGGUCACUAUGUGCCUCAGUUGUCUCAGCUAGUAUACCGGAACAACAAAGGAGUUAAAAAGCCUGUCCUGAACCUCAAAGGCUUCAUGGUUGGAAAUGCGGUGAUUGACGACUACCAUGACUACAUUGGCACAUUUGAGUACUUGUGGACGCAUGGGCUUAUCUCAGAUGAAACCUAUGAGAAGUUGCGGUUGACCUGUGAGUUUGAAGUAUCUGAGCACCCGUCGAAGGAAUGUGAGAAGAUUUUAGAAGUUGCUUCGGCUGAGCAAGGGAAGAUUGAUACAUACAGCAUCUAUACUCCUACUUGUAAGAAGACUUCGCUGCAUAGGCACAGGCUAAUAAGAGGAAGAACGCCCUGGUUGCCCAGAGGAUAUGAUCCCUGCACCACACAAUACUCCACAAAGUACUACAACUUACCUGAGGUGCAGAAAGCUUUACAUGCCAAUGUCACUGGAAUACCAUAUGCCUGGGUAGCCUGCAGCGACCCAAUUUACAAAUAUUGGAAAGAUUCACCGAGAUCCAUGCUUCCUAUUUAUCGUGAACUCAUCGCUGCAGGCAAAAGGAUAUGGGUCUUCAGUGGCGAUGCUGAUGCUGUUGUCCCCCUCCCUGGGACAAGAUACUCCAUCGAUGCGCUCUUUCUACCAACGAUAAGUAACUGGUAUGCUUGGUAUGACCAAGGAGAGGUUGGUGGAUGGUGCCAAGUAUACAAGGGCUUGACACUGGUGACGAUCCGUGGUGCGGGGCAUGAGGUUCCCCUCCACCGUCCACGGCUUGGCCUGAAGCUCUUCGAGCACUUCCUGCGCGAUGAGCCCAUGCCCAAGCCUGCAGAUAGCAUUCAAACGUUUUAGAAUGUGCUAUCUCGCUUGAUGAAUGAUGAAGAACAGGCUGCGGCGCUGCGCCAAGCCAUCUUCUUGUAAAACAUCCGUUGACACAUUUUCAGGUGAACGUGUUUCGCCUUUGCUUUGUACAAUAAUCGAUGUUAGACAGCCAUCGCGUUUCAUUGUUUCUACCGGUUUCAGAAAAUCA